AUGGCCGGCUGGGGCGCCCCUCCGAGGGUCAACCCGCCUCCCGCCUCCCGCCGACAGCCCCACCGCGCGCGAGGCCACGCCCCCGCGCGCAGGAGGCUCCGCCCACACGCUCCGCCCCCGGCCCGCCUGCGCGCGCACGCAAGAGGAUCCGCCCACGUGCCCCGCCCCUGGUCUGCCUGCGCGUGCACGCAAGGCGCGCGGCUGAGAGCCCCUGAGCGUGCUUCUGCGCACGCGCUGGAGUUUCGGCACACACGCCCCGCCCUCUCCCCGUCCCUUUCCCUGACCCGCGCACGCGCCGAAGGCUCAGCCCUCAGGCCCCGCCCCCACUCGCGCGCUAGGUCCGCCCCUACGCCUACCCCGCCCCUCGCGAGUGAGCCAGAAGCUCCGCCCACAGCCCCGCCCCCGGCCUGGCUGCGCGCGUCAGAAGCUCCGCCCACACAGCCCUGUUUCCCGCCUGCGCGGGCACGCAAGGCGCGCGGCCGAGAACCCCAGAGCGUAUUUCUGCGCAUGCGCCGGAGGCUCCGCCCACACGCCCCGUCGUCCCCCCCCGCCUGCGCGUGCACGCAAGGCGCGCGGCCGAGAGCUCUGAGCGUGCUUCUGCGCACGCGCCGAAGUUCAAUCCUGACACACACCCGCCUCUCGGCCUACGAUGCGCGCGUCCGCGAGCCCGGCUUCUGGUCGUGCUCCCAUCCGCGCAACCCGGCUGGGGCUGGUGCCAGUCACAUGACCCCGGCUCCACCGGGGUUAAAGGUGAACUUCGCCUCCACUCCCCUGGCUUCAGGCAGCCCUCAUCCCAGGAGUGCUGCCCUGUAUCAGCUCACCGAGCAGCUGUUGCAGAAAUACCACAAGGAAGUGAGGCCAGUUCGUGACUGGACUGAGGCCACCACUGUCUACCUGGACAUAAGCUUCCGUGCUGUUCUGGAUGUGGAUGCACAGAAUCAAAAGCUGAAGACAAGUGUGUGGUACCAGGAGGUUUGGGAAGAUGAGUUUUUAUCAUGGAACUCCAGCUUGUAUGAUGAAAUUACUGAGAUCUCCUUACCUCUAAGUGUCAUCUGGGCCCCUGAUAUCUUCAUUAAUGAAUAUGUGGAUAUUGAAAGAUCACCCGAUCUCCCCUAUGUAUAUGUGAACUCCUCUGGGACCAUCAAGAACUCGAAGCCCAUCCAGGUGGUCUCUGCUUGCAGUUUAGAGACAUAUGCAUUUCCAUUUGAUGUCCAGAAUUGCAGUCUGACUUUCAAUAGUGUCCUACACACAGUGGAAGAUGUAGACUUGGCUUUCCUGAGGAGCAGAGAAGACAUAAAGCAUGACAAGAAGGCAUAUGUGAAUGACAGCGAGUGGGAACUUGUUUCUGUGUCCUCGACAUACAACAUACUGCAGAGCAGCACUGGGAACUUCGCUCAAAUUCAGUUUAAUGUGGUGAUUCGCAGGCGUCCGCUGGUCUACAUUGUGAACCUGCUGAUUCCCAGCAUCUUCCUCAUGCUUGUGGAUCUGGGGAGUUUCUACCUGCCCCCCACCUGCCGUACCAGGGUCGUGUUCAAGACAAGCGUGUUGGUGGGCUACACUGUCUUCCGGGUUAACAUGGCUGACGAAAUGCCAAGGACCGCAGUCAGCACCCCUCUGAUUGGGUCCUUCUUCACAGUCUGCAUGGCUUUACUGGUUUUCAGCUUAUCCGAGUCCAUCCUGUUGGUCAGAUUUCUUCACGAUGAGCGUUGCAGCGGGCAGGUACAGCCCCUCCUGUGCCUUCAAGGGAACCCUGAAGCUGGUAGAACUCGGACAGACCCCAGGGAUCGACUUGCGGGAGAAAUAGAUUCCCCUAUCUGUCUGGAGCACCAGGCAGGGAACCUGAAGGACAUUUGGGCUCAGCUGCACUCACUGGGCAGUUCCAUCCGGGCCUGGGAGCAGGCAGACCAGCAGAGGGUCCGGUGGCUGAUCCUCCUAGAGCGCUUCGACAGGCUUCUCCUUCACAGCUACCUGGCAGUGCUGGGGCUCUAUGCUGUCACCCUGGGCUCCCUCUGGGCACUGUGGAGUGGUUUCUGAAGAGCAGGUUUGACUUGUCUGCAUGGGUUCCCACAGCACUCGUGAAAGAUAGAAGCAUUGUGGUGGGGAAAUUGGAAGAGAGAGCAUUGGUGGUUCUCCAGACAUGUCCCCAGUGUGUCCUUCAUCUGUCCAGGCAUGUGCCCCUAGAGAGCAACCAGAUAACCAGGAGAUAAGCCACAUGACCACAGAGUCCAAACCACACAUGGUCAGUUGAAAAAAGGGGGCCUACCUUUCUGUCCCUGUCUACUCCCCCAAAGUGACCCCAUCUGUUAGCAAUCUUAGAAAUGUCUAAGCACUUAACAAGCAUAGAUGCAUAUUAACUUU